CACGUACACAAACCAUGCAUGUACAACGUCGCAGUCUGUUCUUGCGAUCGUACAUCCUUUGGAAAUUUCAAAGUGAAAUAAUACGUUUUGAAGAGGAAUGACAGAUAAACAUGAUAUCCCCUGAAUCUCCACCUCCUUUGAAGAUUGUUCUUGACUCGAAGAGUGAUCCAUAUUCCAAGUCAUCUCAAUGGAACGACUCGGAGAGAAGACUAUGGACAGUUCUGCUCUUUGUUAUGACAUCAGUUCUGUUCUCAGCUCGGACUAUUGUGCCUCUGGUCGCAGUGAAUGUUUCAAAAGAAUUUGGCUGGGAUAAAGCUGAUACUGGGCUUGUUCUAGGUUCCUUCUUCUGGGGCUAUCCCAUUGCUCAGAUACCUGGGGGUGUAAUGAGCGAUAAGAUCGGAGGGGAUUAUGUGAUCAUUCGAGCAGCAUUUAUAUGGGGCGGAGUCACCAUCGUCACACCAUUAAUCCCUUAUCUAUUCACGACGAAAGGAGGGACUAUCCUGUCUAUGACCGUACUUCGAUUUUUAAUGGGUCUUACACAAGGCGUUCAUUAUCCAUCGCUGACUAGUUUACUUAGUCAAAAGGUGUCAGCCGAUAAGAGGGCCUAUGUCAUGUCAUGUGUGUUUGCAGCUAGUUCUUUAGGUACACUCCUCACCGGUGCAAUAGGUUCAAUUAUAAUGGAUCAUUCCAACUGGCAUUACGUCUUCUAUUUCUUUGGUAUCAUCUCUAUCGUCGUAGCAACCGUCAUCCAGUCAUUCUCCAGGAAACAGAGGAGAAAAACAUUCUUCUCAUUUCAAAAUGGUCGGGCAGGAACGAGGAAGGAGGAUGAAGAAAAGAAAAGCCUGCCGAUCUUGAAGCUUCUUACUAAGAAACCUUUUUGGGGUGUCCUGCUAGGUCACAAUGCUCUAAAUUUUUCGAUGUGGCUCUUAAUCUCUUGGAUGCCUACGUAUUUCAAAGAAGUCUUCCCAGAGUCCAAGGGCUGGGUAUAUAACGUUCUUCCAUGGUUAGCAGCUAUUCCUUCAUCAGUCGCAGGUGGAUGUCUUGGUGAUGCUCUCAUUGCCCAUAAAGUGCCUGUAGGCAUCUCAAGGAAAAUCAUGCAUACAUUGAGUAUGUUCGGAAUGGCAUUUUCAUUGCUUAGCGUGGGACUUACAGAUAGUUAUCAUGCGUCCCUGGCUCUUAUGGUUAUAGCUGUAAUGGCGCAAUCCCUUACCAAUAGCAGUAUACCGCCCAAUGCCCAAGAUAUAGCGCCUAAACACGCAGGAUCCGUGUUUGGUAUUGUGAAUGCCAUGGGCGCCGUUCAGGGCUUUGUGGGAACCUACAUAGCAGGUCACAUUCUUCAUUCCACCGGGAGUUGGUCUGCUGUGUUCAACAUGUCUGCAUGUGUGUGUCUGUUCAGCUGGAUGGUAUUCACGCUGUUUGCGGUAGGAACACCGGUCAUAUGACACUGGUCACAUGACUGGCCAUAUGACACUUAUCAUAUACUUAUUCAGCAAUCUUAUGUGGCUUAAGUAAAUUCAUCUGUAUGAAAAGACUAUGUGCCCUAAGAUCUAUUUGGCUAGCAGGAUUGGCAAUUCCUUCCUGCC